CUACUUUACCUAGUUAACAUAAUUUUUGUAGCAAUUGUAGAAAGGAACACAUUUCUAGAAAGUAGAAAAGAACACGAGGAGGAAAAAACUGAUAUAUUCAAGAAAAAAAUCGAUUUAUUUACUUUCGGAAUAUAUCACUUUCACAUAUUACUUCCCCCUUGGCAAAAUAUAGGUGUAGAUCUGGGUUGCGUACAGAGUAACAGUCAUAGCUUAGAAGGAAGGGAGAUGGAAGAGGAUCAUGAUUUUGAUGUUUCUCCGCAAUGUAUCGAAUUAAUCAAAAAUGCCAUACAUCAAUUAAGUAUAGAAGAUAGAACUGAUUAUACUUUUAUAGUAUUAGGAGCUUCGGGAGAUUUAGCAAAAAAGAAAAUAUAUCCUACAUUGUGGGCUUUAUUCAGAGAUGAUUUGCUUCCUAAUAAUACUAAAGUUAUUGGUUAUGCAAGAUCAGAUUUAACAGUAAAAGAUCUGAGAUCAAAAGUUGAACCCUAUCUGCAUAUUAAAAACAAUGACAAUAAAUUAGGAAGUUUUUUUGAAGAAAAUUAUUAUGUUAAGGGAUCAUACAAUGAUCCAACUGAUUUUAAAAAUCUUAAUGAAGAAAUUAAAAAGUUUGAACUUGGGAAUGAAUCAAAUCGUUUGUUUUAUUUGGCUCUGCCACCAACUGUAUUUGAGUCUGUCACAAGUAAUAUUCAUGACUAUUGUAUGAGUAAAACAGGGUGGACAAGAAUUAUCUUAGAAAAGCCAUUUGGUCGAGAUGAUAAAAGUUCAGCUGCUCUGUCAAAUCAUUUAGCAUCUUUGUUUAAAGAAGAUGAAAUAUAUCGAAUAGAUCAUUAUCUUGGAAAAGAAAUGGUCCAGAAUUUAAUGACUUUAAGAUUUGCUAAUCAAAUAUUUUCUCCAACUUGGAAUAGAGAAAAUAUUGCAUCAAUUACAGUUUCUUUUAAAGAACCAUUUGGUACACAGGGUAGAGGUGGUUAUUUUGAUAAUUUUGGUAUUAUAAGGGAUGUUAUGCAGAAUCACUUGAUGCAAAUACUUUCAUUAGUGGCAAUGGAGAAGCCAGUAUCUACAUCUGCUGAAGAUAUACGCCAUGAAAAAGUGAAAGUAUUGAAGUGUAUAGCUCCAAUUAAACUUGAAGAUGUAGUUAUAGGACAAUAUGUUGCAAAUCCUGAUGGCAAAGGAGAAGCUAAACAGGGCUAUUUAGAUGAUCCUACAGUUCCAAAAAAUUCAACUACUCCUACUUAUUGUUUAGCAACAUGUUACAUUAAUAAUGAACGUUGGGAUGGAGUUCCUUUUUUUCUAAGAUGUGGGAAAGCUCUAAAUGAAAGAAAAGCUGAAGUACGUAUUCAUUAUCGUGAUGUUCCUGGAGAUAUCUUUAAUAAACAAUGUAAAAGAAAUGAGCUUGUUAUUAGAGUGCAGCCUGGUGAAGCUGUAUAUGCAAAAUUAAUGAUGAAACGACCUGGAAUGUCUUUUGACAUGGAUGAAACCGAGUUAGAUUUAACCUAUGGUAGUCGUUAUAAAGAUUUAGUUAUGCCAGAUGCUUAUGAAAGAUUAUUGCUUGAUGUGUUCUGUGGGAGUCAAAUUCAUUUUGUGAGUAGUGAUGAACUGUCUGAAGCAUGGCGAAUUUUCACUCCUCUUCUUCAUGAAAUUGAAGCAAAAAAUAUCAAACCUAUUCCUUAUGUAUUUGGCAGUCGAGGACCAAAAGAAGCUGAUGAGCUCCUGAAUGAAAAGGGAUACAGAUUUUAUGGUACUUACAAAUGGGUCCAACCAUCACACUAUUGAAUCUUUGCAUAAAUGUAAAUGAUAUCUUUACUAUUAUUGUUGUUGUUUUAUUUUUUUAAAGAAUAGAGUAAUAUAUAAAAUUUGUUACACAUAUCUUGCAUUUAUUGCAUGGGGAUUGGGAUUAUUGCAUGGGAAAAACAUAUUUUCUAACUCAUGAUGUUUUGGUGUAUAUAAAAUGUAAUAUAUUUACAUAAUUACUUUAUAUUCAGUUAAUUUAAAAUAAACUAAUUAGCUUUUUAAUG